AUGUCUGCGCCUUACGUUGAUCCAAUACCUGAUGGUUGGGAGAUGCGUCUAGAUGAUACUAGUCAAACAUAUUAUUUCAUAGACCAUAGAAAUCAGAAAACACAAUGGCAGCAUCCCAUCAAUAAUCUCAUUUAUCGACCUACUGAGGUCCCCACUCGAGGAGGUCUCAAUGGAAAUGGAUCAACUCCUAUUUCGGUCAACAGGCAAAAUGUAUCGAAAUCGCCUCAUUUAGCAAACUGUCGAAAUCAAUUCAAUCCUACCCCGGCUUCCGAACAGAAAACUACUAUUCCAGUGUCAAAGCCUUUUGGAGAAGCAGAGAUGGAAUUACCGGAAUCGAGUGUUCUUAAAAAAAGCGAUGAUGAUUUUGCUCGCAUUUCCAGAGUUCUUGAAAAGGCCAAACCUAUAACUGAUGAAGUGCAUGCAUUUAAUGGUGUCCCGGGAGAUAAAAAUUAUUUGCGAUUGAUGGAAAGUUUGGAUGUAUUGAUCCUUGAAUUAGACGGUAUUGGUGUUGAUGGUCUGGAUGAAGUUCGAACUGCACGACGUAAUGCUGUGAAACAACUUCAAAUGGUUAUUGAAAUGUUGGAAUUCCGAGGUUCAAUUAAUUCGGGUGGCAAUACGCAAUCUUCCGAUCCUAAUAGUGCGGAACAGUCAACUACUGCCUCCUCAAAAAAUAUGGAUGAAAGUGUGGACUAUUCAUAA